AUGACUACCAUCCCAGCUUCACCAUUGUCCGCUCAGCGCCUUCUCGGCAAGACGGUCUUAGUGACUGGCGCAGGAGGAUCCAUAGGGCUCGAAACAUCCGCCCGACUCCUCCUCGAGGGCGCAAACCUAUGCCUCGUCGACAUAAGUCCAGAUGCCUUAGUAGAGGCAACCAUGAAAUUGCAAGCCUUCGCCCCCGAAGACGCCUCCACGCGUAUCUUGACAAUUGCUGCCGAUGUGACCUCGGAAGCAGCCGUUGAGAGCUACACCUCAACUAGCAUCUUCGACACAACCGAGGAGAGCUACGAGCGCAUCAUGCGGGUCAACGUCAAGUCAGCAUUCUUGGGAAUCAAGCAUGCGGCUAAAGCAAUGAAGGACAGCGGCCGCGGAGGGAGUAUUAUCUUGACAUCAUCGAUUGCGGGACUGCGUGGUACACCAGGCCUGAUUCUGUACUCGGGGUCCAAGUUCGCCCUACGCGGUCUCGCCCUCACGGCCGCAUCGGAGCUGGGUCCGUUUGGAAUCCGAGUGAAUACGAUCCACCCCAGCGGUGUUAACACGCCGAUGUUCCAGGCGUCGUGGAGCCCCGAGAAGAUGGAAGAGUUGAAGAAAGGAAUGCCUCUUGGAAGAUUUGCGGAAACGACGGAUGUGGCCGGUGUCGUCAGCUUCUUGGCAGGUGAUGAUUCCAAGUUCAUGACGGGUGGGUUUCUCAAGAUUGAUGGCGGGUGCGUUAGCUUUUAG